GAGCCCCCCUCCUCCUCUUCCCAGCAACAGCAGCCAGGCCCGAGCCUGCCACCCCCCGCUCUUCUCGCCGCUCUCCCGCAGCAUCACCAUGUCGGCGCCGGCGGCCAAGCUCAGCAAGAAGGAGGUGAACUCCAACCACGACGGAGCGGACGAGUCCUCAGAGAAAGAGCAACAGGAGGCGAUCGAGCACAUUGAUGAAGUACAGAACGAAAUAGACAGGCUGAAUGAACAAGCCAGCGAGGAAAUACUGAAAGUAGAACAGAAAUAUAAUAAACUUCGCCAGCCAUUCUUUCAGAAGAGGUCAGAGUUGAUCGCCAAAAUCCCAAACUUUUGGGUCACGACAUUUGUCAAUCACCCACAAGUGUCUGCACUUUUGGGAGAGGAAGAUGAAGAAGCACUUCACUAUCUGACCCGGGUGGAGGUGACAGAGUUCGAAGACAUAAAAUCUGGAUACAGAAUAGAUUUUAAUUUUGAUGAAAACCCUUACUUUGAAAACAAAGUUCUCUCUAAAGAGUUCCACUUAAAUGAAAGCGGAGAUCCAUCCUCAAAGUCAACAGAGAUAAAAUGGAAAGCUGGAAAGGAUUUGACCAAACGUUCUAGCCAAACGCAGAAUAAAGCCAGCAGGAAGAGGCAACAUGAAGAGCCUGAAAGCUUCUUCACUUGGUUCACAGACCAUUCUGAUGCAGGGGCAGAUGAACUAGGAGAGGUUAUAAAGGAUGAUAUUUGGCCAAAUCCAUUACAGUACUACCUUGUCCCCGAUAUGGAGGAUGAAGAAGGUGAAGGAGAGGAAGAAGACGAUGAUGACGAAGAGGAAGGCCUAGAAGACAUUGAUGAGGAAGGUGAUGAAGAUGAGGUUGAAGGAGAGGAAGAUGAUGAUGAAGACGAAGAGGGGGAAGAAGCAGAGGUAUGAUGAUGAAGGCGAAGAUGAUUAAAUGAUUGCAUUGUUUGGAUUCCACCCUCUUCCCCUUUUUUUUAUCAAGUCCCUGGGAGCAAGAUGCUGUUGUGUUUUUUUUUUUUUUGUUUUCUCCUCCCCACCCCAACUCCCCAUUUAUUUUAUUUUUUAUUUUUUUGUGCUCGGUCGCCUUUUGUUUUUGGUCCUUUCCCUCCUUUAUCCAUUUAUAUCAUUGUUUAUAACAUUAUUUUUUGGGGAUGAGGUGAGAACUGAGUAAAAAAAAAUACAGUGGAAAUCUCCUAACCUUUUUCUGUUCUCAAAUUCAUUAUUCUCCUAAACUUAAACUAUAAGCUGUACCCUUGUAUGGCAUAUGGGGGCCCCAAUGCCUCUUUGCUGCCGUCACUAGUGGAAGCUGAGGAGUGUUAGACCCUGUGUGAUAGUACAUAGCAGUCUAGUUUUUCUUUUUCCCCAUUUUUUUUUUCUUUCCCUCCUGUGUAUAUUGGGCUCAGAGGUUACACUGUUUCCAUGUGGGUAUGGACAGGUAGCAUUUACCAACAUGUAUCUCCCUUUUUUUUUUUUUUUCUUGUUUAAAAAAUUAUGACUAAAAAAAAUGACAAAAAAACUGGGGUGGGUUAGUCAGUGGGAGGGUUUUCAGAGACAGCAGGGAGGGGUGGGGAGGGCUAGGUCAGGCAUUUUCGAAACACUGCUUUUUCUCUUUGGCAUGUUUGUGAUGUUUUUGAAGGCAUCCAUGCAGUUUAAGACACUUUUAAAAUUAAAAGCAAAAAUCUGGUGAUCUCAGCCCUGACGCCCUACAGGGCCCUCUCUUCUGAAGGACCCUGUGGAGGAAAUUAUUGGAAAUGGACAUUAUCAAACUUCUUUUGUUUUUUUCUGGAAAGGAAAGAUGCUCAGUUUUAACCGUUAAAGUGUACAAGUUGCUUUGUUACAAUAAAACUAAAUGUGUACACAAAGGGACUACUGGUUUUCACUUGGAUGCUGCCUUUUUCCCUACCUAUAUUUUCACUUGCCCUCUUUUUGUUUUCUUUCUGUUCUGCCCCCAGUCCGAUGUAUUUAAUGUUUUUGAUACAGGGCGUUUUGUAGUAACCUCCAGAUGAACCAGCCAAGUAAAGCCAGGAGCAUAUGGUGCUGGUUAUCAACGAUAUACAGUCGGCACCUCUUACCACUCCGUCAAGAAUGGAGUUUGUGGUGAUUUUUGUAACUUGCUUGGCAAAGGUGUGCGUAGGCUUUUAAUCUGAUUCCCAGUCUGUUAAAUCUACAUUUUGCUGUCAGAUUUUGCCUGUCAAUCAACACUAUAAAUAAAAUAAUUGGUGUGA